AUGAGUGGGCAAAAGUUGCUCGCUGUCCCUAACACGGACGAUAGCAUACCUAUCUCCAAGCGUCUGCAAUUUUUGAGAGACAAAGCUCACGCAUGGUUCAAGGUUGACCUCCACUCCUUCAAAACGGUCCCCAUAACAAUGUCACAGCGAUUUCAGGAAAAAAUUCACAUUGUUGCUGGUGGGCAUCUCUACUUGUGGAGCAAACAAAAAGAUACGGCUAUGAUCGUUCCAGUACUUCCAAAGCCCUCACAACAGCCAAUCCGGCGAAACUGGCUCCCAGGAACGUUGUGUUCGGUUCCAAACUCACACAACCUUGAUGUAUUUAUGGACCCAGCACAAAACCUGAUCGCUGUCGCUUAUGUCGUUGAUCACAAGACGGUCUAUAUUAACCUUGGAACCCUGGAUGGUGAUGGUGUUCACCCUCAGGCUGCUGGAGAGAGACUGUUUCUGUCGGACGACUCAGAAACCCGCUCUGAAACGAGAAGUGCAAAGCUCAAAGGCGUGGCAGCUGCAGAUUUGAGACUGGAAAUACUCAACAACAUCCAGUUACCCAAACGGUCCUACACCGCAAUUGAUUUUUGUUUCCUCGGGAACAAUCGAUUGCUGGUUACAACCGAUAACUUGAAUCUCUAUUCAAUUGAGGACAUGUCCCAGCCGCCGGAAUUGCUGGCGUGUUUCUUGAUGCCCAAGCUAAUGGAGUUACGGUGCCUCUCUCCGAUAGAUGAUAUUGGGCAUAGUUCAGAGUCGCAUAUGCAAGCCCAAUCGACGAUGUACACCUCAGACCCUACACAUCAACUCAUAUGCCUUACCGCGCUUGCUACUGGUCGCAGUCUCCUUUCUAGUACUCAAUUCUUCAUCAUUUCUACGAGGAUUUUCUUCGACCUCGACGGAAUGGCAGCAGCAACGCCAAUACCAUGGCAACAUUGGGGCCCUUCAAAUACUCGUGUUUUCCGGCACUAUUAUAAUUUCAAAAUUCACAUUAACGGGAAUCGGGUCUUGCAGGCAUUCCCUGUUGACCCACGAGCAGAAAAGUGGGAGCCCGUAUUACAUUUGAUGGACUUUAGCCCGCUAGCUGUGACAAACAGGCGGGGUCUAGGACGAGUGGUGAAAGAGCCAUCCACGGCAUACAUCAGUGACUCUAACGAUGAAUUUGGAGAGUGCUUGACCACAUCCCUACCUUACGUCAAGGUCGUAUUUUCGGACAGAAAGUUCGAUUCUGAUGAUUCAGAGUUGCAGAACAUAUGGAUCGACAAGGAUAGAAUUUAUACGCUCAAUGCAGACAAGGAACCAUGGUUCGGUGGCCAUCCGCUUUUGCGAGCAGGGUCUACUAGCAAACUUGAGGUCAUUGACGUCUAG